CCUGUGCCUUCACACAUGCUUCCCCCGAGAAGUUCACAGUAAAGGAAGAGCAGCCACACUCUUUUUUCUCCUUUUCUUUCCCCCUUUUUGCCUUGUGUACCUGUCCUCUCUCAACAUGUCCAAGAAUCAGCCAAUCACUGACCCCACAAAGAUGGGCAUCGGCAGGGCCAUCGCCGUGCUGACGUCAGGAGGAGACGCCCAAGGCAUGAACGCUGCAGUGAGAGCUACAGUCAGAGUUGGUCUUUACACCGGAGCAAAGGUCUACUUUGUUCAUGAGGGCUACCAGGGCCUCGUGGAUGGAGGAGAACACAUUCAGCCUGCCACAUGGGAGAGUGUGUCUAUGAUGCUCCAGCUGGGAGGUACUGUUAUUGGCAGUGCCCGCUGUAAAGACUUCAGAGCCAGAGAAGGUCGCAUGAAGGCAGCCUACAACCUGGUGAGGCUGGGCAUCACCAACCUGUGUGUGAUUGGAGGCGACGGCAGCCUGACCGGAGCCAACCAGUUCAGGACUGAGUGGAGUGGACUGCUGGCUGACCUGGUCCGAGCUGGUAAGAUUACAGCAGAAGAUGCCAAGAAAUCUUCCCACCUGAACAUUGUUGGCAUGGUCGGCUCCAUCGACAAUGACUUCUGUGGCACUGACAUGACCAUCGGCACCGACUCUGCCCUGCACCGCAUCGUCGAGGUGGUGGACUCCAUCACCACGACAGCACAGAGCCAUCAGAGGACGUUCAUCCUGGAGGUGAUGGGAAGACACUGUGGGUACCUGGCUCUGGUGACGGCUUUGGCCUGUGGCGCUGACUGGGUGUUCAUUCCAGAGAUGCCACCAGAUGAAGACUGGGAGAACCAUUUGUGCAGGAGACUAACAAAUCAAAGGUCCCGAGGUUCUCGUCUGAAUAUCAUCAUUGUGGCUGAGGGUGCGAUGUCCAGAGAUGGCAAACCAAUUACAUCUGACCAAAUCAAAAAGCUGGUGACUGACAGGCUCGGCUUUGACACUCGCACCACUAUCCUUGGUCACGUGCAGAGAGGAGGCACGCCCUCUGCCUUUGACAGAAUCCUGGGCAGCAGGAUGGGUGUGGAGGCAGUGAUGGCGCUGCUGGAGGCCACACCUGACACUCCUGCUUGUGUGGUCAGCUUGUCAGGAAACCAGGCUGUCAGGCUGCCGCUCAUGGAGUGUGUCCAAGUGACUAAAGAUGUGACUGCUGCCAUGGCUGAGGGCAGAUUUGAGGAUGCGAUCAAGCUCAGGGGCAAGAGUUUUGAAAACAACUGGAAGACAUACAAGCUGUUGGCUCACAUCAAUCCCCCAGAUGUUAAGAGUAACAUCAAUGUGGCCAUCAUGAACAUCGGAGCUCCCUGUGCUGGUAUGAACGCUGCAGUCCGUGCAGCCGUCAGAAUGGGCCUCAUCCAGGGUCACAGCAUGCUGGCUGUCCAUGAUGGUUUUGACGGUCUGGCACAGGGACAGAUUGAGCCCAUCGACUGGACAGCAGUUGGUGGAUGGACUGGAAGGGGAGGCUCCGCACUGGGCACCAAAAGAUCUCUGCCAGCUAAAAUGUUGGAGGAAAUCAGCCUGAAUAUCGCCAAGUUCAACAUCCAUGCUUUAGUGAUCAUCGGUGGAUUUGAGGCUUAUGUGGGAGGCCUGGAGCUGGUUCAGGCCAGAGAGAAAUACGAGGAGAUGUGCAUUCCUAUGGUGGUCAUCCCUGCCACUGUCUCAAACAACGUCCCCGGCUCUGACUUCAGUAUCGGCGCUGACACUGCCCUCAAUACCAUCACCACAACAUGUGACAGGAUCAAACAGUCUGCUGCAGGAACCAAGCGUCGUGUGUUCAUCGUUGAGACUAUGGGUGGAUACUGCGGCUACUUAGCUACUAUGGCUGGUCUGGCUGCUGGGGCCGACGCUGCCUAUAUCUUUGAGGAAAAAUUCAGCAUUAAAGAACUGGAGGUGAACGUAGAGCAUCUACUGAAGAAGAUGAAGACAACAGUGAAGAGAGGUUUGAUUCUCAGGAAUGAGAACAGUAAUGCCAACUACACCACUGACUUUAUCUUCAACUUGUACUCAGAGGAGGGCAAAGGCGUCUUUGAUUGCCGAAAGAAUGUUCUCGGACACAUGCAGCAGGGAGGCACUCCAACACCCUUUGACAGGACCUUUGGCACAAAAAUGGGCGCAAAAUCUAUUCUGUGGCUGACCGAAAAACUCAAGGAGUGCCAUAGGCAUGGUCGUAUCUUCGCAAACACACCAGAUUCUGCCUGUGUGCUGGGCAUGAGGAAGAGGGCUCUCACCUUCCAGCCACUUGCCGAACUGAAGGAGGGCACAGAUUUUGAGCACCGCCUCCCAAAGACACAGUGGUGGCUGAAGAUAAGGCCCAUCAUGAAGAUCCUGGCUAAGUACGACAUCAAACUAGACACAUCUGAAAGCGCAGAUAUGGAGCAUGUGAUCAAGAAGGGGAGUCCUAUUGGGAAAUAGACUCAGUCUUCCUCUGUCACCUCUUGCAUGUUGAGCUUUCUCGUUGAAUUUGCUGCUAUGUGACACUUCCAGCACACAGUGAAUCAGUCUAAGGAAAAAACAUUUCAACAAACAGUCAACGAUAUAUUUAAAUAGGUUGUUGGUGGCGUAUGGAAAAUGCAAUGACAGUAAUGAAUGUAUAUAUAUAUAGCACAAGAAGGAUCUUGUGAGCAUGAAACAUCAACAUGUGUGCAUUACCCAUGUAACACUGAUUAAACUACUCCAAAAUAAAAGGUGUUAAAUCUGCA